AUGGUGAGCUGGUUGAACGUGUGGAUAAUGGUGGCGCUGUUGGUACCGGUGCUUCUCUCCCUCACGAAUCCACGCGGCGAAUCCCAAACCCAAACCCAAACGCAAACCCAUCCCAAACCUCAUUCUCAGAAACAGACCCAGACACAAACCCUUCACCUUCCACCUUCUUUAAUUUCUUCUUCUUCCAAUUUGUUCUUCAACGAGAGGAUCAGAGAUGGCUCCAACUUGGACUACGAUUUCUACAGGGAUACGUGUCCUCAGGCCGAGGACACUAUCCGCUCCGCCGUCACUCGCAUCUUCUUCGACCACAGGGAUUCCGCCCCCGCCAUCCUCCGCCUAUUCUUCCAUGAUUGCUUCAUUCAGGGUUGCGAUGCUUCAGUGCUGUUGGAUGAUAGCAAUGGCAACAAAAACCAUUCCAUUGAGAAGCAGGCUAUUCCGAAUCAAACCUUGAGAGGUUUCGACAAAAUCGACUUGAUCAAGGAGGAGGUGGAACAAGCUUGUCCUGGAGUUGUGUCUUGUGCUGAUAUACUUGCUGUCGCGGCUAGAGAUUUUGUUCUUUUGGCUGGUGGGCCAUUCUAUCCAGUUCUAACAGGACGGAGGGAUAGCAAUCAAUCAUUUUAUGAUGAAGCAAAUGAUCAGAUUCCCAGACCUGACGAUAACGUUAAUCGCACGCUGCGGCUGUUCAGUCUCCGAGGAUUUAAUGAAAGAGAAACAGUCAGCCUUCUUGGGGGGCACAACAUAGGAAAAAUCGGCUGCGAAUUCAUUCAGCAAAGACUCUACAACUUCCAAGGCACCGGCCAACCAGACCCCACUAUACCUGUCGAUUUCCUUGGUCAGAUGAGGCUAAACUGCCCAGAAAACAACAAUACCAGCAGCACCAAUGAGGUUUCUGCAUUCGAAGUAUCGCAGAAGGAAAAUAGUCAUUCAGAAGCAGGGAUGUCAUACAUGCAGGCAUUGUCAUCUUCGAUGUCAUCUGGAGGAGCAUUCGACACUCACUAUUUUCAAAGUUUGUUGAAGGGAAGGGGGCUGCUCUAUGCCGAUCAGCAGCUGAUGUCUCAUGUGAAGACUGCAAGAUUGGUCUCUGCUUAUGCUUCGGAUGACGGAUCAACCUUUCGCAUGGAUUUCGCCAGGGUUAUGUUGAAAAUGUCUAAUCUUGAUGUUCUAACUGGACUUCAGGGUCAGGUUCGCCUUAAUUGCUCGCAAGGUGUAAGUUCUUAAGAGAGCAUGUUCCCUCUCUUGCAGCUCAAAUGUUUCUUCUCUAUGUAAUUGUGGUAUAUGGAUGCCCUUAUCUUUGAUUCCACAGUCAAAAUUUUGGCACACAUUUUGGGUUAGGUUUGGAUGAUUGAAAGUGGAACCGGUUAACAAACUUGUACAUUUUGGAAUUCU